UCUGACGCUUACCCAUCCUCCUUCCCUAGCCUUCUCUCUAAAAAAAAAGACAAGAAAUUUUCCCCGCCUCAGACGUCUUUUACGAAUUAAUUCGUUUGGGUUUUGCUUCUCGUGACGGCUCGCCGAAUCCACUGACAUCCGUUCUAAUAUUGCGUCUAGUGUCUAUUUAAUAAGUUGAACAUCUUUGCAAAGGAGUUUUGCGCAGUGUAAUUUAUUUUAGAAACCGACAGAAAAUGGCCGCACCGCCGACAAAGAUUUUCGUUGGACGUUUGCCUCUCGAUGCGAAGCAAGAAGAUCUACGUGCUCUGUUUGAGAAGUAUGGCGUCAUUACAGAAUGUGACGUGCUCAACCGUUUUGGAUUUGUGCACAUGAAGUCCGAAGAAAUGGCCAAACGAGCUAUUGCUGCUUUACACAAUUCAGAAUUCAUGGGCUCCCGCAUUACUGUUGAGCCAUCGACUGGAAAGAAGGGAGCUGGAGGAGGUGGUGGAGGAGGGAGAGGUGGCCGAUCACCUGGUGGUGGUCGAGGAGGUGGCCCUGUUGGAAGAAAUGGAGCUUUCGGUGGUGGUAGACCUUCACCUUAUGACCGCCCAAGAGGUCUAGGUGACCGAUAUGGCCCACCAGGUGGUCUACCUCCUUCAAAUGGUGGAGGUUAUUAUGAAGAUUUUGACAUGUAUGGACGACGAGGACCUGCCCCGGUUUCCCGAGAUCCCUACGGCCCGCCAUCAUAUGAACGACGUGGUUACGAGCCAGGUUAUGGAGACCGCUACGGAGGUGGCGAUCGGGAUCGGCGUCCGAUGCCUCCAAUGGGCGGUUCACCUUACGAUAGGCGCCCACCACCAUCAGCCGAUUACCCACCAUCUCGAGCCGGACCUGAGUACCGUAGAAGGACCCCACCUCCCGGCCCUAUGGGCGACACCUAUGGUCGAUUCGAUCGUGACGUGUACGAAACGGUGCCAUCUGAUCCAUACGGCUCUAGACGCUAUCCGGGCGCCACCCCACUCGGAGAUCGAGACCUGCCUCCCCGCCGUUAUUAAAGCAAAAGACAAAAAAAAAGAAGUGAAAGUUCGGAAAUAUGCGCGCAGCGUCGUCCUUGUGGGAAGUAAAAGAAGCGAAUAAAAAAAAAAAUGGGAAAAAAUUAUAAAAAAAGACACCAAUUCGUGUUCUCAUAUCUCGUCCGCCGUCGCCCUCGUCGCGUUCUGAAUAAUAAUAUGAUAACUAAUAAUAAAAAAGAAAAGACGCAACUAAAAGUGAAAAAGGCGAUGACUUGUUCACUCAACCUCAACACACAAAACAUCCGGUCUCUCUUUAUAUAUCCACCUCUUCCUUGGCUUUUGCAGCGCGGCCGUUUGAGAGACGAAUAUGCAUCGAGCGUCGCGCGAGUCUAAAGCGAAAAGAAGUUUCACACAUCGAGAGGAUUAAAAUUGUUCAUUUCAUUUUUUUUUUUAUCUGUCAUGGUCAUCGAUCGAGUAGUGUUUAGUACUUGUCUUGUUUGUAAUCAAUUUUUCCUUCACAUCCGUUCAACCUCGUCUCCUCAGUCGUUCUUCCGGAUGGAUCACAGAAAAAUAAUUAGUUAUCUUUACGUAAUUGGAAAAGCAGAAAUUCCAGUACCGGAAAGUUUUGACAUCAGAAAUCUUAAUUUGAAAAGCUGAACCCUGUCCCUCUCACGAUUCUUGCCUCCCACCACCUCCCUAGUUGACGUCGCCUGCAUUUUUUGAAAUUUUUGUCUCACUUUUUUUUUUUCAGUUCUCAUAUGAUUUUAAAUCCUUUUUGGGAAUCGUUUUUCUCUUGCAAUUGAUUUUGCUCCCCCCCCCCACAUCUCUACUCCCCCCGAUAGUACGGUGCGAAUUGAUUCGAAAUAUUUUGUAAGACCGUUGUUUCUUUUGGCUGAAAAGCGACACGUCAUGAAAAAAAAAAAAAAGAAUACACGACCAUUUUGUGGAUGCUCAACCCAA